UUCUCUCUCCUCUCUAUAACCACCAAGUCACCAACAAUCACACUUCAUUCCGCCAUGGCUGCUUCUGCUUCGUCUUCAACUCUCUUCUCUGCUUUCGAACCUCAACUUUCUCUCUCCUCCAACCGCUCCCACUUCCGAUCCACUCUCUCACUUCCACGUCGUCAAUUUCGCCUCCGCAACAAUCUCAGGGUCUCCGCUUCCGUGUCGUCGCCUUCCGAGGUUCGAACUUCCGCCGCUGAUCUCGUCUCCUCCAUUCUCUCUAAGGUCACUCAAACAGAUCGAGGUGUUCUCCUAACUAGAGAAGACCAUAAGGCAGUUGGCGAAAUUGCUGAAGAACUUCAGAAAUAUUGUGUUGAUGCUCCAGUAAAAUGUCCUCUCAUUUUUGGAGAGUGGGAUGUGGUUUACUGUUCAAAUCCAACUUCACCUGGUGGUGGCUACCGGAGUGCCAUUGGUCGUCUCGUGUUUAAGACAAACGAAAUGAUUCAAACUGUUGAAGCUCCUGAUACUGUGGGGAACAAGGUGUCCUUUUCUGCAUUUGGAUUCCUCGAGGGAGAGGUGUCUUUGAAAGGUAAGUUGAUUCCUUUGGAUGAGAAGUGGAUUCAAGUUAUUUUCGAGGCACCCAAGUUGAAAGUCGGAGGACAAGAAUUUCAAUAUGGUGGACAAAGUGAAGUCAAGCUACAAAUUACAUAUAUAGAUGAGAAGGUCAGGCUGGGAAAAGGUUCUAGAGGAUCAUUGUUUGUUUUCCUAAGACGUUAAUGAAUUUUACCCCAAUCACCAAUGUAUACUCAAUUGUCAAAAAGGCUUCCCGUGCUUCGAUUUGGCGUUAUAGAUUCAUCAUACAUAUCACGAACUGACAUUCUGCACAAAUCUUCUUCUCUAUGCAAUAAUCAGUUUUGUAAGUAAACACAAUCAACAUGCAGAUUUCAAAGGAUGUAAAUUGUAAUCGUGACAACUGAGCUACAAGUAGCAUCAGUUGUCAUUAUGUUCGCAUUAUAGAAUCUGGAUGGAAUUGUUAGCUA